AUGACAGCAGCUGGAGGUAGAUCGCCCGCUGUUCCAGCGGUAUGGGUUGGAUUAUUUGUCAUCAGCCAAUGCCUGCUGCCGCGACAAACUCUGCCUGGUGACUUUGUGGCGCUGGAGCCGAGCAGAGGGCCGCCGAGAGGUCUACGAAGUUUGCGGUGGGCCACUUCUGAGGAUGCCUCUGCCGCGCCGUCCUUCGAAGCUGGUGGUCGAGCCAUGCUUACUGGCUUUACUGAGCGUACCUCGCUCAAUGGCGAGCCGGUUGAGCUGAUCCGGUGGGACGAGGAGCAGCAGGGCUGGGUUGUGCGGCGCCAGACGGAACAGAGCAUCACCAGUCUAGUGUCCUUGAAGAAUUUGAUGCCGUACCCGGAGAAGGAGGAACCUGCAAAGCCAAAGGAGCGGGAGUUCAGCCCCGUGAGCUUCCUGGCCACCAUCAUCGGGGCAUUGAUCCUGUUGUCCACUGCCGUUGCCGUGCUCGUGCCGCUGGUCUCCGGUCUGUACAAGGACAUGACGGGAGAGUACUUGGUGAGACUAGACGUGCCUUCGCUUUACUAA